AUGUCUGCCAUUAACACCGACAAUGCGAUGCAAACCUCAAACGACAUCCCAAACCCAAACCCACUGUCUCCGGUAGUUCAUUUGCAAUAUGUCCAGAGAUACUGUGGCUCCCAAUCAGCAAGUCCGGUUUAUGAGGGCUUCACCUUUUUCAAGGCUAUGCCCAAACAAAGUGCAACCUGGACUUGUGUAAAACGGACACUCAUGAAUCUGAAUCAAGAUGAAUACAUCGAGAUGGUUCAGAAGAGGGCAGAUCGGAAGCCCCCAGUGCAGCAAUACCGGAAACUAUCCUCCGAUACCUUGCGCGCUCAUAUAAAUCAACUGAUUGACGAGCAAAAGAACAGUAAUCCACUUGCUGAGUGGAGCUGUGUCUACGUCAAAGAACACUCCAAGAUAUCCAAGACCCGACACACUCGUCGCAGUGACCAUGAAACAGUCUCCAUGGAUGUCAUCAUCAUGCAAAGGCCCGUGAACACCCAGGCAUUUUCCAGAACCUUGAUGGGUGGCUCUGUGGCUAUUGGGAAACCACUUCCAUUGGAUACAAAUAACCCACCUAUGUGGUCUCAUCACAGAGAUAAUCAUCAGAUGCCCAAUCAAAAUGAGAAUAAUUUGCGGCCUAUACUGCACGAUUUGCCUCCCCACUUGGCUCCUGCAAUGAACCAUUUUGCACGAUUGGUUUCAACCCGGGCAGCCCACGACGACCCAAAUGGCCAGCAGUUUGAAGCCACGCAUCCACAUGAUGAGACAAGUCAUCCUGCAGGAUCACGGGACCAUUUGCAUGAAUCCGCCCGGUCAACUGCACCUGCAACUGACAACAAUAGGCCAGCAAGUCCAGCCCUCAGUGCCACAAACAGCAGCGAGAUGAGUCUUGAGGAUAGUUCAGAUUGUUCAUCGGAAAACAACAGCGACCCAGAUGAUGCAUCUAUGCUUUCUGAUGAAUCCGACGACACAACCGCAACAGAUGACCUAGAAAGCAUGGAAACUGAGACUGAGGUUGAGUGCCAAGAGCCACAGCUAAACAAGGCCUCUUUCCGAGAGCAUAAUGCCGGUCCUUAUCGCCGCGAGUCAAGCUAUGGACCUCAUUCUCGCCGAAAGUCUCAGAGCCGUAGCCUUGAUAGAAGAAAUGAGAGGAAUCAUGACCUCCGCGGCCAAUUUGAGGCACCUCCAGUCAAAGCUCUUGGCCCUAGACGGGCUGAAGGGGCUCAAUCAGGCUCUGUGCCUGGUAAAAGAUAUCGAACGCAGCUGAUGAACGACAAUGAGGUCCGAAGCCGAAUGCUUGAUCGCCGUGAAGAAAGUCUUGGACACCGGGAUAAAUGGCUGAAGAGAGCCCGUUCUGGAGUGCGUCACUUUGAGCGUCGUCAACCAGUGAGGGAUACACCAGCAGUGUGUCGCUGUACCUGUCGUUGCGCUAUCAAAGAGAAGAAGGAAGCCAUGUGA